AUGUUCCCGCUUGUGGAACGGGGCUCCAAUGCUGAUGUGCUCGCAAAUAUGGAUGCGAAUAUGAACAGGAUACUUCUGCCACCACCACCACCACCACCACCACCCAUAUCACUCUCGAGGACGUGGCAUGUCCUUGGUCCUUUCAACAUCGGCACGAGAGAGGCAACUUGGGGCGCUGACCCCCUUGAGAUCUUGGGUGGAUUUCGCAACAUAUCCUUUGCUCAUGACCCCAACGCCACCUUCGCCAGCGCCCUGGGUCUCAAUGGUACUGUUCACUGGUCUGUCUUGGAAGCAUCAGAACUCGUGGUGAGCGAUGAUGGCUCCGCUAAAGUGACAUUGGACCUCGGUUUCCCAGAUGUUGACUGGGCCUUUUUCCAGUCUAUUUACGGCUGGGCUGCGUUGCAAUAUCAGGCGUGGGCGAGAGGGAGUAUUACCGUAUCAGCAUCUGGUGCUGAUGGUGGGCGUAGCACUACCACGAAUGCUGCUGCUGCUGCUACUACUUCUGCUGCUACUGUGGCUAUAUUUACCGACGGCCUGCUGGAAAUUUGGAUUGAUGGAGAGCCGUAUUUUGGCGGAGAUUUCUACACAUAUCGCCGCGCGCCGAUUUUGAUGAAUCUGGCGGCUGGGGAGCAUGUCAUUGACUUAAGGUUUGUGAGGGAUGUCAGGGCGAUGGGGGGUGUGGGGGAGCCAAGGGUGCGGGCUGUUGUGGAAGUGAAGCAGCUGAGGCAUUUUGCUGAGGAUGGUGGGGAUGCUGAAGAUGGCGGUAGCGAGGUGCAACUGGCUUUGGAUGCAGGUAGCUUGCUGGUUGCUGAAGUUGUGGAGGGGAAACUUAUUUCGCCCUUUGCUUCUGUGAUCGUGAGGAAUUAUCACGAGAUAUGGGUGGAGGUUACCGAUAUACGGACUGUCGAUGAUGAUGUGCGGCCCGCUGGUUCCGGUCCAACGUUAUCCCUGCUACACAGCCCGCUCAUACUGGCUCCAUUCCAGUCGCGCCCUAUGUCUUUCCGGAUAGAUUUCUGCGACCAAUCCCCGUCAAACUUCACCUUCCAGUUCAGCUACAAAUUCCGCUCCCCAGAUGACGACGUGCGAAUACGAAAAACAAAAGGCCUGCCUGCAACCCUGACACAGCGUACAAUAUCCGAAGCGCAAAAGUUCACCUUCCUCCACACCGCCGCCGUCGUAUCCUACGCCAUCCUCCUCCCCCCGCUGAAUACCACAUGCAACUCAGUCGGUAAACACAAUCUCCCUGUUCUGCUUUCCCUUCACGGCGCAGGUCUCGAGGCCGCUGAUGAACAGGUUCGACAUAUGCUUGAUGCUUCGUAUGGCGUGUGUGCGUGGAUAGUGUUUCCGACUGGAGGCACGAGCUGGAGUGGAGAUGAUUGGCAUACCUGGGGUUCGGCGGAUGUGCAUGCUGCGGUCGCUGCGAUACCGGAUUGGAUGGAGGCGGUAGGGUGGGAGGGGCCUGGGGUGGCGUUGGAGGAUUGGAUUGUGUCGGGGCAUUCGAAUGGAGGCCAGGGGACAUGGUUUCUCCUCACGCAUCAAUCUGACAAAAUUAUCGCCGCCGCACCUGUUUCGGGAUAUUCCUCGAUUGAAAACUACGUCCCAUACACAAUGUGGCACCCCAGCGACUUAGAUCUAACCCAUCUCCUGCGAACGUCCCUCCAAUCCUUCAAACACGAACUCCUAAUCCCCAACCUCGCCGGGACCCCCAUCCUCCAACAACACGGAUCCGCCGACGAUAACGUCCCAGCCUACCAUUCCCGCCUCCUCCACCAACUCACCCAGGAAAAUAAUUGGCAAUCCACGUACCACGAGCUCCCCGAUGCAGGUCACUGGUUCACGGGCGUCCUCACGACGCCGCCACUGAUAGAUUUCUACUCACACCAUGCCAGCCGGCGAUCGUAUGAUGACCUGCUCCCGAAGGAAUUUUCAUUUGUUGUUCCGAGUUCAGGGGAUAUGGGAUCGCGGGGUGGUAUUGCUGUCGACCAAUUAAGUUCUCCAGAUAGGUAUGGGCAUAUCCGAGUAACGCGGGAAGGCAACAGGGGUGGACUAUGGCAUCUGAAGACGCGUAAUGUGCACCGGUUCCAUCUCCUCCCGGGGCGAAUGCGGGUAGUGUCACGACCAGUGGAGAUCAGAAUAGAUGACCCUUCGACUGGAUUUACGGUCCCGGGUGUCGACGAUGGUAAUGCGACCUGGUUUGUCAAAGAUGAGAUCAGCGGUUCCUGGACGAUGUCUUCGGAUGGGUCCUGGCGCGAUGAUCUCUCCCAGCGCUACGGUCGGCAGAAUGGAGCUAUGGAUGCGAUAUUACGCACGAGAGGACGGUUUCUGGUAAGAAUCUGCGCAAGCGGGGGGGAGGGGAGUGGGGAGUUGGAGAGAGUGGCGGUACAGGUUAGUCGAAAUCUACUGCAGUAUUUCGCCGCGGAUGCCGAGAUCCUACCAGCCACCAACUGCGCCAAUAGCAGUACCGGUACCAGCACCGGAAACGGAAACGGAAAUGGAAACAUAAUGACCCUCGCCCUGACAGACGCCCUCCCGCCUUCCCUUCUCCCCACAUUCCCAAUCUCCAUCUCAAAGACCCACAUAACAAUCCAACCCUCACGUCCCAAGCCGACCACACUGCCCAUCGAACCCAAUCUCGGCGCCAUAUUCCUCCGCCCCCUCCCCCAUCAACGCCUCGAAUUGGUAAUCUGGGGCGCCGACGUGCCAGGGCUGCGGCAGGCGAGCCGUCUUGUGCCGCUGCUGACUGGAGUUGGGCAGCCGGAUUUUGUCGUUUUGGGGGAGCGGGCGAGGUGGAUGGGGGUUGCGGGGGUGGUUUCGGGGGGGUUUUUGGAUUGGCGGUGGAGGAGAGUGGGGUGA